AUGCGACAGAAGGCCACGCGGGAUCAGCUGAGGGACGCAAGGGUGAACGAUGCUCAAAGACGAGGGAAGAUGAUGCUGUCCUUUGCUUGGUCCAUCGCCGCAGUCUGUUCCAUUCCUCAGAGCGUCAUCUUCCACGUCGACAGCCACCCAGUCUUCAAGAACUUUAAGCAGUGCGUCACAUUCGGCUUCUUCCAAACGCAAGUGGAAGAGCGGACGUAUAACCUGUUCUGUCUGGCUGCUAUGUACUUCAUGCCCUUGCUUAUCAUCAUUGUUGUUUACCUCCGGAUCCUGUGGGAGAUUUCGCAGAAGUCCAAGGAUUCGAAAGACGACCCGAGCAGCGGCGGGCGUCGCGACGGGCGCCUCAGACUCCGACGCAGCGACAUGACCAACAUCGAAAGGGCGCGCGCGAGGACCCUCCGGAUGACGCUCAUCAUCGUCCUCGCCUUCGUCUGGUGUUGGACGCCCUAUGUGGUCAUCGUCAUGUGGUACAUGUUUGACCGGCAAAGUGCCAUGCAGGUGGACAAGCCAUUGCAAGAUGCGCUCUUCAUCAUGGCUGUGAGCAACAGCUGCGUCAACCCUCUGGUCUACGGCACUUACACCAUCAACUUCCGCAACGAACUGAACAGAUGUUUCGGAAGGAAGAAAAAGCCUCCGGUUCUCGCGAGGAAGUCCACAGACAUUCCACCAAGAAUCUCCAUAUAUUACUCAAAUAAACCAAUCCUGUGGAACCACUACAGGGAACCAGGUCUUCGCUUUUCUAAUGGAUGCUACCAAGUUACCAUUCAUGAUUGGCUGCUGAAUAGGUCUCUUAUCCGUUGA